GAGAUUUGUGAAUUUUUGACGUUUGUCGUUAUCCCGAUGUACGGUAACUUUUUUUAGAAAUUGAUGCCAAUGUAAUGGUUAUUGUGAUUUUAUUUUCAACUUACCAUUGUUAGCAUUCCAUAUUUUAUUCAAUUAAUUUUUAAAACUCAAUAAUUUACAAUAAAAGAAAAAUGGAAGCAGUUCCAAGGCUCCCUAUGAUAUCAUUCCGAUUAAAAGUUAGCCCUGUUCCAACAUCAUUUGGCCCAAAAUUGAAACAAUAUAUUCGUGAGUUUUACCAUGAAGAUCCAGAAUCAUAUACCAAUGAAAUUGAACAAUUAGAAACUCUAAGAGUUAUGGCCGUCCGACCAUUUAUAGCAGUAACAGGAUGUUCAUUGCUCAAAAAGUAUUAUUGUCAGUUACAUUUCGUCCAAAGCAGGUUUCCAAUGGGCAAUGAUGAACCUGCUGCAGUGUCCUUUUCGUGGAAAGACGCUUAUGCCAAUAUGAUAUUCACUCUUUCAAAUAUACGUUUUGAAAUAAUUUCAAUUUUGUAUAAUAUUGGUGCCAUUCAUACACAGUUAGGAGCUACAACAGAACGUACAUCAGCUGAUGGUAUGAAAAUGGCAUGCUCACAUUUUCAAUGUGCUGCUUGGGCGUUUGAACAUUUGCAGAACAGUUAUCCUCAACCUCCUGGGGUUGAUAUGGCACCAGAAUUAAUGAAAUUCAUGCAUCAACUUUGCUUAGCUCAAGCACAAGAAUGUAUUUUAGAAAAAAGCAUGCUAGACAAUCGAAAACCGACUAUAGUUGCUAAAGUUGCAAAACAAAUUGUUGAUUAUUAUGCAUUAGCUUUAUGGACACUAGAACCAAGUAAUAGUGAUGAAAAUACAAUUUCUGAAACUGUUGGUUCAAAAAUAUAUAAAAGCUGGAAGACUUAUGUUAAAUUUAAAAAAGCAUAUUAUAUGGCUGUCACAUUAUUAUACCAAGGAUUAGCUUCUGAAGAACAACAGAAAAUGGGUGAACGUGUUGCAUUUUAUAAUGCUGCUUUAGCAUCUUUAAAUAGCGCUCGAAGCCUUCAUACAAGUGCUAAAGGUUCUACAGGAAUUACUGGAGUUGCUGGAGAAAAAGAAGCUAUUGAAGAAGCUUUAGUAUUUACUAAUGACGUUAUAGAAGGUAAAAGAAAAGCUGCAAAAAAUGAAAAUGAAUUUAUUUAUCAUGAAGAAGUACCAGAUAAAGAUGCUUUACCAACAGUAAAUGGUGCAUCAUUAGUCAAAGGAAUUUCAUUUAAUGUUAAUGAUGCUGAAAUAUCAGGCCCAGAUAUAUUUGCAAGAUUAGUACCAAUGAAAGUACAUGAAGCAAGUUCACUUUAUUCCGAAGAAAAAGCAAAAAUUCUCCGUUCAGUUGGUUCAAAAAUUGAAGAGAAGGAUCAAGCUUUAGAAAUGUAUCUUGCAUCUUUGAAACUUCAACAUUUAAAUCUGUGGGAUCCUGAUCGUCCAGAAGAAGUAGAAAAUCUUCCGCUACCUGAAGAAUUAGCUGAAAGAUGUGCAGCAUUAAAUGCUAAACCAACAGCUAUUCAAGACUUGGAAGACAUUAUGAGUAAAUUGUCAGCAACAUAUGGAGAUGUUGAAACAAUGCUAAAAAAUAUCGAUAAACUAUUAGCUGAAGAAGAACGAAAAGAAAAACAAUAUCAAGAAGCUGUUGGAAAAAGACCACCCUCAAUUGUGGCAACAGAUUUAACUAGAGAAGCUAAAAAAUAUGAAGAAGCUCACGCAAAAGCUUCAGAAAGUAAUCAAGCAUUGCACAGAGCUAUGUCAUUACAUUUAAAUAAUCUUCAAAUACUUGCUCAACCAUUAGAUGAACUUAUGGCUAGUAUACCAUCAAUAAAAAGUGGGAAAAAUCCAGAAGGUGAAACAGAUAAACAAAAUGUAAGAGAAUUGAAAAGAAUUUUGGGGAAGAUUGAAGAAAUGCAACGCCAGAGAAGUGAUCUGUAUUCCAAGUUAAGAGAUUCUAUAUCACAAGACAAUCUUACAAGACUUUUGGUAACUGCAACGGCUGAUUCAGCGCCAUUAGAUACACUUUUUGCCGAACAACUUGAGAAACAUCAAUCUUUGGUUAAUUUGAUUGAUCAAAAUCUUGCAGCGCAAGAAAAUAUUCUCACAGCCUUAACAGAUGCUUAUGCACGAACUGCUGAAACCCGAAAGGCUGUCGAAGAAGUUUUGAAGCGUCGAGAGCUUAUGAUAUCAUCAUUAAUUGCAUCAUAUGAUGCUUAUGAAGAUUUAGUUACAAAAUCCUCUAAAGGAUUAGAAUUUUAUAGAAAACUCGAGGUAAAUGUAACGAAGCUUCUACAACGAGUAAAGAGUACAUGUAGAGUACAAGAAGAAGAACGUGAGCAAAUUCUUGCUAGAAAUGAUAAAGAUAAUAAUGUUGAUUCUUCAACAAUCCCAACAACUGAAAAAAAAUCUGGAUCCGGAAUGAAGCUAAGAGAUCAUUUAGCAAAUAGAAUAAAAAAUAAUCCAAUUUAUCAAACAGCUUAUGGGGAUAAACAAACUACUUCUGUUGCUUCAGUACAAUCUAAUAUUCAUCCUGGCUUAAAAAGUUAUCCUACCGAUCCAAUUGAUAUGGAUCUUCAAGAUCCACAGCAAAUUUAUCAAUAUUAUGACUAUAAAAAUUAUUGUAUGAAUAAUUCAUACAUGGCUCAACAAUACUCAGGAUAUGAUGCCACCAAUCAAAGAACGAUUAAUCAUAGUUUGCCUCGAUCUAAUACUACAAAUAGUGAUAAUAUGUACCAUCAAGCUGGAGGAUUAACGAAUACUGAAGUUGUCAGUAAUAGUAAUCAGUAUGCAGGUUAUUCAAAUAUUAGAAAUGAUCAACCAAGUUUACCUAUUGUGAGCCAGCAUCCAUAUCCUAUUCAGACAGGAUAUGAAGAAUCUAAUUAUCCUCAAUAUCCAGAUUAUCAUGCGAUACAAGGAUAUCAAGUACCAACUAGCUAUCAAAGUGUACUAGGACAACAACAAAAUUAUCCUUUGACUUAUCAAUCUAAUUUAGCCGCUGGUCAAUCAUCAUCACAGACUUCUGCAUUAAAUCAACAGGGCAUACAACCACAACAUAUUUCUGUGGAACCUGCAGCAACAAAUGUUGUUUCUCAAAGUCAACAAUACAAUACACUUGCAACUGUAAAUCAUGAUAUCUAUGCCUCUUAUCAAACAUCCGUUUCGAAUCCAUCAAUAUCCGUUCCAUAUCAAACUCCAAUGUCAACUCUACCAACUUCAGAGACUUUGAAAAAUUACCCAGUCGUGAAUCAAGAAUCUAUUCACCCUAUUUCUCAAACUAAUCAAAUUCUUCAACAAAUGUACUCUACUUCUGAAGCUUCAAAUCAACAAUAUAUUACUCAACAAGCUACCGUUCAUACGGCUAACUCUGGAUAUACUGUAUCUAAUCAAUAUUCAACCAAUCAACCGGAUGAAAUUAUUUCAAAUCGAGCCAUGGAUCAAUCUCAAUAUUAUUAUACAAGUAGUCAUAAUACUUCAGUUCAGCCAACAUCAUCUUAUAUUCAUUCAUCUCAACAGAGUUACAUGGAUCCAGCAGUGGUACAACCGAGUAUUCCAAAUCCUCAAGUAUCAAUAAAUCCUUCCACACAGACUUAUGCUAAUAAUUAUGGCCAAACUUACUCAGUUGAUACUAAUAAUCAUCAAUAUCAAAUUCCCCAAGUUCCCUCAAAUUCUCAGAUUUCUAUUAAUUAUCCUAAUGAUCCUGAAAUAAUUCAGAGUCAUACCAAGUCGUCGGGAUAUCUUCAAAAUUAUCAGUAUUCUCUCCAAAGUCAUACAGGAAUGGCUCAAUAUCCAAAUUACUCACAAGGAUAUUCUGGUACUUGGGAUUCACAACAAGCUCAUGGUUUAGGAAAUGAUUCAUAUAAAGGGCAUCCAGGAUAUUCAUUUAACUCUAAUCUAGGAAGUUAUGAAUAUAGUUCUGGUUAUCAAAAUUCUCAAUCAUCUCAAGAACCAACAACGCCAAAUCCUUCUCAAAAUAUUCAAACACAGGAUCAAUCAAAUUCUUGUUAUACUAGUGCUAAUAAUGCAUCUAUAACGAAUUUAACACCAUCUUCUCAACAUUCUAAUAAAACCUUUGAGCCGACAGUUGAUGAAAAAAAUUAUUAUACAACUCCCUAUGGUGUUCAAAAUUAUAAUCAAGAAACUGCAAAAAGUGAGUCAAAUAAUUAUGGCCAAACUUAUGUACAAUCAUCAAAUAAUGAAACAGUUACAACGACAUCAGAGUCAAAAAAAUCUGAAAUUUCUCCAGAAUUAAAGUCCAAUUUGGAUCUUCUUGCUGAUUUGGAUAUUACAAUUAAUCAUGCACCUUUGGUGCCAGAAAUACAGCCAACAAAAAAAGAAUCGAAAAAUGAUUCAACAUUUGAUGUUGUUGAAAAACCUAAUAAAAAAGAAAACGAUGAUACAAAUAUUUCUCAAAUUGAUGAUAAGCUUGAAAAUUUACAAAUUGUCUGGGAUACUUGGUAUAAUGAUGUUCAGCCAAAAAAAGAUCCACUUGGCGAUCCAGUAAUUCUUCAAAAGUUUAUUAAUGAUAUCGAAAAAUACGAAAAAUUUAUCGAUAGUCUAACAGUUAAGACAUUAAGUGGUUCAACAAGUCUUGAUAUAAAAUGGAAAGAGGUUCAAGAUUUCGAAGAGCGUGAGAAUAAAAAGCAAACGUGUAACGUAGCUAUAGCACAUUCAAGUGAAAAUCGGAGUAAUGAUUGGAUUCCUUACGACUCAACUAGAGUAAGAUUAUCAGGAAUUAAUAAAACUUUAGAUUAUAUAAAUGCGUCUCACAUAACAGAUUUAACUCAGUGGACACCUACAUUUAUUGUUACUCAAGCACCAAAACCUUCGAGUUUUGAAGCUUUUUGGACAAUGAUUUGGGAACAAGGCAGUGAAGUAAUUGCUUGUUUAUGCACUGAUUCACAGUUAAAUGAUGAUAUUUAUUGGCCAAUGAAUAAAGAUAGUAAUUUAAAUAUUGGCAGCUUUGUUUUAUCAUUAAAGAGUUCAACAAAUCAUGUGACUUAUGUUCAAAGAGUUAUAGGAAUAAUUCAUUCAGAAAGAAAAAUUGAAAGAGUUGUAGUUCACAUGCAAUAUUUGGCAUGGCCUGCAACUGGUUUACCAAGUAGUCCUGGACCUUUACUAUCAUUUGCUACUGAUAUAAUGUCUGAACAAGCAUUGAGACAUUGUCCAAAACCAAUUGUAGUUCAUUGUUUUAUUGGAGGACCACUUAGUGGACUAUUUCUUCUUGCUGCUGCAACUGUGUGUCACGUGCGAGCAGGUCAUGGUGUUGUUGAUGUACCUCUGGUCUUUUCAACUUAUUCCAAGUACCGUACAUGUUUAAUUAGUAAAGAAUUUCUACUUUUUGGGUAUAGGAUGGUCCUAUAUCAUGCACAAGAUAUUCUAAUGAAACGGGGAAUUCUAUCAUCUACACGAUCUACAUUUGAUGGAUUCGAUAGUAUGAAAGGAAAUAAAGGUAAAUUAUUAAAAAAGAAUCAACUAUGUCAUCCUUCUGAUGAUUUUCUUCACAAUUUAGGCGUUGGUGUACAGCACGGACUUACGAGACAAAGUAAUGAACAAUUGACAGGGCCGUCUCAAAGUAAAGUAAAUAAGGAAUCUGAAGAAAAAACUGAUAGGGCUAAACCGGUGGAUCCAUUAAGUCAAUUAGAUCCUCUUUGGUCGAUUCGAAGAUAAUUUUAAUAUUGUGCUCGUGAUACACAUUUGUACAGACGGUAUAAUUAUUAUAUAUACGUAUAUUAAAAAUAUUGUACUAUUAAUAUAAAACUUUUAAUUAAUGAAUGAAAUUAUAUAUACCUGAAAA